AGUCUCGCUCUGUGCCAGGAAAGGGGAAGGCGUCACACUGAACCUCCGUCAGACUGCUCGCUCGCUCCUUCGCUCAUUCGAGUCGAGUCCAGCCGCGCGCAGUUCAGCCUGCGUUUGUGUUGACUGCUCAGAGUCCAUAAACGGAGGCGCACCCCGCUUUUUACUUUCAUCCCCGACAGAUUUCUCCACUGGCAGACAAGUUUGGUGAACCAUGUCCUACCACAGUUUUCAGCUGGAACCAAUUAGCUGUCAUGCCUGGAACAAAGAUCGAACUCAAAUUGCCUUGUGUCCAAAUGGUCAUGAUGUCCAUAUCUACAAGAAGGAAGGAAACAAGUGGACAAAGAUCCAUGAACUGAAAGAGCACAACGGUCAAGUGACAGGCAUUGACUGGGGUCCUGAGAGCAAUCGCAUCGUCACCUGCGGAACUGACCGCAAUGCCUACGUGUGGACACUGAAGGGCCAGGUAUGGAAACCCACCCUGGUAAUCUUGAGGAUCAACCGGGCAGCACGUUGCGUCAAGUGGUCCCCCAAGGAAAACAAGUUUGCAGUGGGCAGCGGAUCAAGACUCAUUUCAAUCUGCUACUUUGAGCAGGAUAAUGACUGGUGGGUGUGCAAGCACAUCAAGAAGCCAAUUCGUUCCACUGUCCUAAGCUUGGACUGGCAUCCCAACAACAUUCUACUGGCAGCGGGCUCGUGCGACUUCAAGUGCAGGAUAUUUUCUGCUUACAUCAAAGAAGUAGAAGAGAAGCCUUCUCCAACCCCCUGGGGAUCGAAAAUGCCUUUUGGAGAACUGAUGUUUGAGUCGAGUGGAACUGCAGGCUGGGUUCAUGGGGUUUGUUUUUCUGAAAGUGGAAACAGAGUUGCCUGGGCCAGUCAUGACAGCACGGUGGCUGUUGUAACUGCUGGCAAAAGCACCACGAUUUCCUCCCUGAGCUCUGAAAGCUUGCCUCUUUUGAGUAUUGUUUUCAUCACUGAGAACAGUCUUGUUGCUGCAGGUCAUGACUGCUAUCCUGUGCUGUUUACGUACAAUGAGGCCAAAGGUGAGAUUAAGUAUGGCGGCAAGCUGGAUGUGCCAAAGCAAAGCGCUCAACGUGGCUUGACAGCCAGAGAACGCUUCCAAAAUCUGGAUAAGAAGGCAUCAACUGAUGCCAAUGAAGGAGUCCUGGAGUCCAUCCACAAAAAUAGCAUCAGCCAAAUCUCAGUUAUGGAAGGAGGGAAAGCUAAGUGUACUAAAUUCUGCACCACUGGAAUGGAUGGUGGAAUGGCAAUCUGGGAUGUCAAGACCCUUGAAUCAGCCCUCAAAGAUUUGAAAAUUGUCUGAAAUUCAAGCAAAAUUAUCAAAUGCAAGGCUUAAGCAA